AUGGGUUCACUCACUCUCAGUCCUCAGGCAAGAUUCAUUACACAAGCACAGGUUGUUGCGACUUGGGGCGUCCAAGCAGAUCUGAGAUAUUGGCACAAGACUAUCAGAUAUAACCCAGGAUUUGUGGUAAAGGUGCAGCCUGCUGGAGAAGCAGGGGGAACUUGUGAUUCUGGAGAAUCCCAUGAAAACGAUGUCAUACUUUAUGCCAAGAUUGAAGGCAGAAGGGAACACAUACCUCUUGAUACCUUGACCUAUGCUGCUUACAAGGUUCCAUCUUUGGUUUCUGUUGUCAUUAGUCCGGACCUGCAGACUCUGGCAACUAAGUUUUGCCUGAAGCAAAAGAGUCACCAAGGCCACAACAGGAACAUCUGGGCUGUGGAUUACUUCCACGUCCUUCCAGUGCUCCCUUCCACAGUGACUCACAUGAUCCAGUUUUCCAUCAAUUUGGGUUGUGGAACUUAUCAACCUGGUAACAGUGUCAGCUUGGAGUUUUCAACCAACCAUGGUCGCUCUUGGUCCCUGCUCCACACCGAGUGUUUGCCUGAGAUAUGUGCUGGGCCUCACCUCCCCCAUAGCACCAUCUAUGCCUCUGAAAAUUACAGCGGGUGGAACCGAAUAACUAUUCCCCUUCCCAAUGCGGCAUUAACAAGUGACACCAGGAUUCGAUGGAGACAAACAGGACCAAUCCUUGGAAAUAUGUGGGCAGUCGAUAAUAUUUAUAUUGGUCCAUCUUGCCUCAAAUUCUGCUCAGGGCGAGGACAGUGUACUAGAAACGGCUGCAAGUGUGACCCCGGCUUUUCAGGGCCAGCAUGUGAGAUGGCAUCACAGACCUUCCCUGUGUUCAUCUCAGAGAGCUUCGCCAGCUCCCGCCUCUCCUCCUACCACAAUUUUUACUCCAUCCGGGGGGCUGAGGUCAGCUUUGGCUGUGGGGUCCUGGCCAGUGGCAAGGCCCUGGUCUUCAACAAGGAUGGGAGGCGCCAGCUUAUCACCUCCUUCCUAGACAGCUCCCAGUCCAGGUUCCUGCAGUUCACGCUGCGCCUGGGCAGCAAGUCAGUGCUGAGUACCUGCAAAGCACCCGACCAGCCCGGGGAAGGAGUGCUGCUGCACUACUCCUACGACAAUGGGAUUACCUGGAAACUACUGGAACACUAUUCUUAUCUCAACUACCACGAGCCAAGAAUAAUUUCAGUGGAGCUGCCUGAAGAUGCAAGACAGAUUGGUAUUCAGUUCAGAUGGUGGCAACCAUAUCACUCUUCUCAAGGCGAAGAUGUGUGGGCAAUCGAUGAAAUCAUCAUGACUUCUGUGCUUUUCAAUAGUAUCAGUCUGGACUUCACCAACCUAGUUGAAGUCACACAGUCUCUGGGAUUCUACCUGGGAAAUGUUCAGCCCUACUGCGGACAUGACUGGACUCUUUGUUUUACAGGAGAUUCAAAGUCAGCUUCUAGCAUGCGCUAUGUGGAGACCCAGUCUAUGCAGAUCGGAGCUUCUUAUAUGAUACAGUUCAACUUGGUGAUGGGCUGCGGUCAGACAUUUACACCUCAUAUGGACAACCAGGUGAAACUGGACUACUCCACAAACCACGGCCUCACGUGGCAUCUUGUUCAGGAG